AUGUCCAAAAACCAUCCACUCCAUCCAUCCAUCUCUCUCUCUCUCUCAAAAGAGAAAUGACAGAAAGAAAAGAGAACAUAGUGAUGUUCCCAUUCAUGGCACAAGGCCAUAUCAUUCCUUUCUUAGCAUUAGCACUUGAGUUAGAAAAGAAAAAUGGAUACACCAUAAUCUUUGUGAACACUCGUCUCAACAUCAAGAAACUCCGACCUUCGAUCCCUCCAAACUCAUCCAUUCGCCUCCUCGAAAUCCCAUUCAACAGCUCCGACCAUGGCCUCCCUCCGGACUCCGAAAACACCGACUCUCUCCCUCUCCCUCUCCUCCUCCAUCUCAUCGUCAUCUCUCCCGCUCUCGAGCCCGCCUUCCGAGACCUCAUCUCCGGCCUUGUCCUCGAACAUGGCCGCCCACCACUUUGCAUUAUUUCCGACAUGUUCUUCGGAUGGUCUGCCAAAGUUGCUCAUGAAUUCGGUGCAUUUCAUGCUAUAUUCAAUGCUGGUGGGGGCUAUGGCAUGGCUGCUUUUCACUCUUUAUGGCUACACCUUCCUUACAUGAAAGUGAAUUCUGAGGAGUUUCCUAUGCCGGGCUUCCCUAAAGGUCACCGGAUUCACACCAAACAGUUACCAGAACAUUUUCAAGUAGCGGUGCCCGGCGAUUCGUGGUGCUCAUUUUCACAAGACAUGUUUCGAGAUUGGUUGGAGAGUGAUGGGAUUUUGUUCAACACCAUAGAGGAGAUUGACCAUGUGGGGAUGGAGUAUUUUAGGCAGCAAAUUGGCUGUUCCGUGUGGCCAGUUGGGCCUAUUCUGUCUUCCUUGGGAAGCAAAGCUCGUGCUGGUGAUGACGCUGAAGCCACAAUGCAUCUUUGCAUGAAAUGGCUUGAUUCGAAGCCUACAAAUUCAGUUCUUUAUGUAGCGUUUGGGUCACAAAGUGCACCAUCACCAUCACAAACAAUCCAGUUGGCCAUGGCUUUGGAAGCUUGUGGCAAAAAUUUCAUUUGGGUGGUUAGGCCACCAUCGAACUCAGUCACAGAUCAUGACCAUAAUGAAGGAGAAUGGUUGCCGAGAGGCUUUGAGAGGCGUAUUCAAGAUAGCAACAAAGGGUUGCUAGUGCAACAAUGGGCACCCCAGUUGGAAAUUCUGUCCCACAAAUCUCUAUGUGUGUUUUUAACCCACUGUGGAUGGAACUCAGUGCUUGAAGCUCUCAGAAGUGGAGUCCCAAUGCUUUCGUGGCCGAUGGGGGCAGAGCAAAACUUCAACGCCAAGAUGUUGGAGGAAGAGAUGGGACUUUGUGUUGGGGUGGCAAGUGGGAGCAGUGAGGUUAAUCAUAAAGACAUAGUGAAAAAGAUUGAUUUGGUGAUGGGUGGGUCAACCAAAGCGAAAGACAUGAAAAACAAAGCUUGUGAGGUUAUGGAGAUGCUUAACAAUGCCAAAAACGAUGAGAAAGGGUUCAAGGGUUCUUCAGCCAAAGCCAUGGAGGAUUUUCUGUAUGCUGCAUUGUCAAAGUCUUGUAAUUAUUAAACCAGCCUCGCAGAUCCGAGCCAAAUGAUCUAAGGGGAGGCUGUUUUCAAUGUUUUUACUUAUACAGUAUUCCAAUACAUGUGUGUCUGUUUUCUAGUUUCAGUUUAAUUGGAUUAGAAGGUCAAUGCCUUGAUUCCAGUUAAACAAAACAGAAAUUAAUAACUAUCUAUUUUACUUUUGAUUUUUGUA